CCCGUUGAGCUGUCCGUGCAGCGCCAACGCCGUCGAGAACGCGCCCCACUGCGCACACCUCGAGGUGCGAUGGCUUCCAAGAAGCGGCGGCUGGUGGGAGGCGAGGAGGACGUGGAGGAGGCCAAGAGACGUCGCUUUCGCCUGUUGCAGGCAGCGUUCGGCCCCGAGGACCGCGUGGGCGAGUCCAAUUGGCUCACGGGCGCGCUCAUCGACCUGAUGCUCUGGAAGUUCGCGAGCCUGUACCCGGCGGUGCAUUUCCUGUCCACCGCCUUUUACCACUUCCACCUAGAGGCGGCCAUGAAGGCCACUGACCGAUCGCCGUGGCGUCGCCGGUGCCGGUGCAAGAGGGACUACCAAGUGAAGGACGUCUUGGGGCGCGCGGUGAGCUACGACAGUGACACGCCCCUGGUGUUCAUUGUGAACGUCGACCGCAUCCACUGGAACUUGUUCCGGGUGCAGCUUGGCCCGACGCCGGAGCUGCAGCUGUUCGAGCCGAUGGGGAGACUCGCGUCGCGCUCCGGGAUCUCGUACCGGUCCGUGCCGCGCGCAGUGGUCGAGUGGCUGGACGUGUGCUACCCGCAGCACAAGGGCUGGAUGCAGCGCGCGGUGAGCGCCAUCACCAACAAGCAGCAGGUGAGCGGGUUCGACUGCGGGGUGGCCUGCUUGCUGUACGCGGACAAGUGCGGACGCGGACACACUGGGGAGGAGAUCAACGCGCAGAUCGACCAGAAGGCCAUCACGGCCUUCCGCAAGCAGUUGCAGCUUCAACUGCACUCUCUUGGAGACGACCUUGACGGAUGAGCGCGCGGCACUGCCGGUGGGUAUUU